AUGUAAAGUUUAAGCAAUUAGACAUUAGUUUAAUUGCAAAUUGUAGCCUGUAAAAUUUAGUUCACACUUCUAUUUGUUGAAGUAGGCUAUAUUGUUUUAAAGAAUAUUAUUUCCGGAAAAAGAUCUCUUUAAAGAAGAAAAAAAGAAAAGGUAUCCUAAAGUUUAAAGUCCCUUGUGUUCAUUUUCAAAAAGAUUAUGCUGUUAAAAAGGUACUUAUCAUAAACACAAAUUAUUUUAUGGACUGUAUAUUCAGACAACAUUUUCGUUUUUCUUUCUUUCUUUGUUUUAUAAGUACAGCAAAGAUCUGAAGGACAGACAUUUAGACCAUUUUAAAUAAUAUACUGUCCUGAAAAUUUGACAUAUAGAACCUGUAGAAACCAUAAUUUUCUCAUUUUUACAACACAUAUUUUGAUUAUAUAUUUUUAAACAUGCAUUUUAAACAAAUGGCCGAUAUCCAGGUACAUAACAGUAGCGGUAAACCACUGAACUGACUGUCUGGCCCUCAUUUUUUUUAUUCACCUAAAAUUAAAGAGACCUUUCUAUCCUGAAAAAGGUCGACGAGAACAAAUUCUUUCAAAAAAAAAAAAAAAAAAAAUCACACCCCAGUCCACUAGAUGGCGGAAAAGCUCUGUUCUAUUAAUGUUUCAACGCCAAGCCCCAUAAGAAGAAGAUUCCACUGUUUGUUGUCAAAUGACUGUCAAAACUAUUUAAUCCUAAAUCCUUAUUCAUAUAAUGUUCUGACGGUGAUCAGCAUGGCCGAGGAAGAGUUCACAGAUAUAAAUGGCAACUCGAUUUCUUUAGACUGCCAAACUCACUCUGCUCUCUGCAGAGAGUUUACUGUCACCUCACCGAAGCUGUCCUUGCGCAAGGUGAUGGUCUACACCUGCUUCGUUUGGUUAUUUGCUUAUGCUGUAUUUUUCUUCACCGAGAACACGACUGUCCUGUCGAGUGCCAUCCUCCUCACUCUGGCUGGGAUGAUGAUUCAGAUUCACUUUGUGAAGGUGGACCAUGAGACCCUUCUCAUAAUCGGUUCCCUCGGUGUCCAGCUGUCUUCAUCUUAUGCAUCUGGACGAGAAAGGACGAUCUUCAUUGAGAUGAGCAAGCUGAAAGACAUUGUGAUCAACGAGGCUGUUUAUAUGCACAGCAUGAUAUACUAUCUGUGCAUUCUGAUAAAGGACCCAGCAGAUCCUGAGACAGUGACCAGUGUUGUCCCUCUUUUUCAGAGUUCAAAGCCUCGGCUGAAUUGUUUGGUUCACGUGUAUAGGAGCUGUCAAGAGGUUCUUGCACACUCCAGAUGACACUAGAUUCUUUCUUUGAAACAGGAUAAAGAUUGGAAGUCCCUAGAAUGAACCAUGACUGUGUUAGACUGCAUGUAGUGGUUUAUUAGAGACAUAUUAGAUUCAACCACAAACUUACUGGGUCCUCUUAACUUUAUAAGAAAAGAUUAUGCUUUUAAUAUUUUUCACAAAUUAGACACUCCUGAUUUAUGAUAUUUACUAUUUGUAGUAUUACAUUAUAUAUAUAUAUAAUCACAGUGACUAUAGCUGAUUGUUUUUCCUGAUGAUUCUGACCUUUAUUAGCCACUAGAGGGACUUGUGUGCCAAUUUUUGUUAACCAGAACCUAAUCAGUUUGUUAUAUUAAUGAUAAUGAUUUCCUUUUAUACUCUUUUAAUCAUAGCUAUGACAUUUUAAAUAGGAAAAAUAUAUAUAUAUAUAUAUUACUUAUACAAUGCUUAUUUAAAACACGAGCAAAACUUUUUAAAUAAAUGCUAUAGUACUUAUUUACUUGAUACAUAGAUUUUGCUUUAAGUGUAGAGAAUCUGUGCAUCAAUCAGCUUUUAAAGCAGGUCUUUCUUGGCCGCCAUUGUUGUGGGUCAUUUGAGGGAUUUUGUUAAUCCAUCUUAUUUACUUUUUGGUGGGUCGGUAUUUAAUUGUGUUCCUGCUUUUAUCCGGAUGUCAAGCAGAACUCACUGUAAGUUUAUCUGAGCUCUUAUUACAGAGUUCACAGCAUCACAAAGCUUCUAAGUUAGCCUAUACUUAAGUGAUGAAUGUUCCUUAAAAAUGAAGUAGUUGAAUUAGUAGUUAUAUUAUUCAUUUUUGAAUUGCAUUUAAAUGUUAUAAAUGGGAAGUGGACAUGUAUACUUUGGUGGUUUGUACCAAGUUUGUGUUUUCUAGAGAUCAGACAACAGAAGGCAAGUGAAGCUUUCUCACAAUAUCAGGUUCACAGUAUUUGUGGUGCACAGCUGUUCUGAACAUCCUUCACACUAUAGCUCUUGCUGUGGUUUUGUGGAACACAAAACUUAUGUUGUUGAUGUGUUUAUCUUUACUCGGGAUUCUGCUAACUUUUACAUAUUCUGAGGAAAUGUUCCAUGCCACCUCCGUAUUAUUGAAAUAUUCUGCAAUUUCCUUGUAGGAGCUCGCUGCCUGCUGCAUAGACAGGUGUGAGAGUUGUCAUUCAUGUUUACCUGUUUGGCAAAAGGAAAGAGAAACCACCCAUUUGUUUGUGUUCAUGCUGCUUUGUAUUUACACACAGUCAAACAUUCCCUUCUUUUAAAAGCAACUGUCAGCAAUGAUUCCCCUUGUUUUUAAAUGAAUAUUCCGGAUUCAUUUCAAUUCAAGUUAACGUUGGCAAAUAUCAAUUUGGAUUACCAAAGGAAAUUAGUUUGAAAAUUUUCCUCUUUCUUAAAUAAUUACAGUUUGGGUUACAAUGAGUGUAUAUAUAAUAUAGUAUAGUAUAACAACAGUAGUCAACAAUAUUUGUUAAAAUGAUCACAUGGACCUUUUCUGUGUGAUUUGUUUUAAAGUGUAAUUUAUUCCUGUGAUGGCAUAGCUGAGAUUUCUGAUGCUGAUUUGCCGUUCAAGGAGCAUUUGUUAUCAAUACUGAAGACAGUUUUGUGGAAACUGUUUUUUAAUAUUAUUAUAAUUCUAAUGAAUAGAAAGUUCAAAAGAACAGCAUUUGAGAGAGAAAACUUUACUAUCACUUUUGAUCAGUUCAAUACAUCCUUGCUGAAUCGAACUAUUUUGUAAAAAAAAAACUGCUAACAUCAGACUUUUGAAUGGUAUUAUAUAUCCAGUUUACAGAUUUGUUCCCGCAUCAGUGUAAAAUGACCGUAAAAAUUACAAGUACAGCUUUACAGCUUGAGUACUACACAUUUUAACAGAAGAAAUGAUGUAAGUUAUUUUAUAAAAUGUCUUUAUGACAUUUUAAAACAAAAUUAGAAAAAUUUUAAAUUCAUUUUGCUUUUUUAUUAGUGCCUCUUUUUUAUGUUUUUAUUUUUUUCAUGAUAAUCUGAACACCUACCUAAUCUGUUACAAAUACUGUCAAUUGGGCUUAACUCAUUUUAAAGCCAUGCUUGACCCUGGAGGUCAGAGUUCAGAGACCUUGUUGUUAUUCAAAUAUGGUUUCUCGUGUAGUAUUGCUUCAUUCGCCUCUGACCAUUUGGAAUGACCAUUCCCAUAAAAGCUGUGAAAACAACUCAGGGGUUUGAAAUGAUCCUGUUAAGUUGCUGUGAAGAUGCUCCUGACAGGAUAAUCAUCCCUCCCAGAGGUGUGAACCUCCCAGGAAGCCUGCUCAGGGGGGUGUCAGUGGGGGUUAGACUGUUCUACACCCUCCAGCCACCCAACACAGCACAUCAUAAACAAACCGUCCACCAUCAGCACUUUUCUAAUGAAUUCAACUCAGUAUGACAUUAAAAUAUCAGUGUUUAGCUUUUCGGAUUGACAUGUUUACACUGCGCCCUCUUGACCAAGUUAAUUGGCCUUAACCACAGUUUAUAUUAUUGUGUAUUCAUAAUCACUCCAGUGGCACGUGAGCUCACUUUAUAGUUAAAGCACUCAAGAGAUAAAACUUGGCAUUUUCAGCACAAGUGGGAGGAAGCCUCCUUAAGGGCUUUGUUUUUGGUCUUUUUCACGCAAAUGAUAGUAAAAAAAAGGGUUCUUUGGAUUAUUAAAACUAAGAAAAAAGGUUCUUUAAGAACUGUUCACUGCAAUGUUCUUUAGGGAGCCUGUUUAAACCGAGACCCCUCAUCAGAGGAUUCAACAGCUACUUCUGAUUGCCUGAAUGAUGGGCUGUUUUUGGAGGGAAAACGGUGGUCUGGGAAGGGUGCAGAAACCCCGCUGGGAUGGGAGUUCCCCUCCUGGCUACUUUGCCUCCCUGUGGACUUUUAAUAUGUGCUAAGGUGUAACAUUCACAGGCCAUGAGGCAACACAGAAACACCCUGGUGAUAGAAUAUGGACCGCUGCAACGACUCUCAGCAGUAAUCUUGUCAUUGGCCUCCAUUUUUUUGUAUACAGUUGCUAACUCAUUGGUUGGAUGUACUUAUGUUACCGGGAAGAGACAUAAACCCUCCCUAAACUGUG